AUGAGUGAGAGAGUGACGGUGCCCGGUGAAACGACUUCCCAAGAGGAAGACUUGAUGAACCACAGCACUAAAAAGGUCAAACCUAACGGGGAUGAAGUGCUACUAGACGUAGAGACAGAGGAGAACGGAAGAUCAGGGGACAUUGAUCUGCAACCUAUGAAUGGUUCCCCAAGUUUUGAGAGUAGCCAGGAGAAGGAACAGAAGGUACCAUCCGGUUUUGAAAAAGGAGUGACCUCGUCAAAGCUGAAGUCAAACGGUGGAAGCAGAGUAUGUGAAGUCUCUUAUAAGGAUAGACUCUUGAUGGGAGGUGCGGGAACGUCUCUUUCACUGGAGGAAAUUGUUCAGAUGGUAGCGGAGGACUAUAUGUUGGAGGAGGUCUCUAAAGAUGGUGUCGGCAGAGCAGCUCCCUUCAAUCCAAAGCCAGAGGUUGAGGUGAGUUUGGCAGAGUAUGACGAAUGGUGUCGUCCAUGGAAGCUUUCUCUUAUUGUCAAGGUACUCGGUAAGAAUAUUGGAUUUCGAUCUAUGGACUCGUGGGUUCACCGUUUUUGGUCUAAGAACGGGAAUGUGAAGGUAAUUGAUCUGACUGGAGAGUUCUUCCUGGUGCACUUUGACAACGAAGGUGACUAUAAACACGCGCUCUUUGAAGGGCCGUGGCAGGUGGCAGGGCACUACCUGUUAGUACAAAGAUGGAGGCCGUUGUUUCAACCGUCAGAGGAUGGGAUGCAAAAAUUAGCGGUAUGGGUGAGAAUUCCAGAGCUGCCAGUUGAACUCUACACCUAUCACUUCCUAUGGCGGGCAGGUGAAAAGAUUGGAACAAUGUUGAAAAUUGAUCAAACUACUUCUAUACACUCUAGGAGAAAGUUUGCCCGCUUAUGUGUGGAGGUGGAUCUGCGAAACCAGCUUGUCCCAGCUAUAAAAGUUCUCGGAAAGGAGUUUAAGGUAGAGUACGAAGGUCUCCAUCUUAUCUGCUUUGGUUGCGGUAAGUAUGGGCAUAUAAUUGAUGGUUGCUCAGAGAGUAGGCGACCGGAGAAGGAGAGCAGAGAAGCUACAAUGGAGGGUAGUAAGGUCCUCGGGGAUCCUCGAGAUGCAACAAUGGCGAUUAUUGCGGACAAGUCGAAUUUAACUAUUCCUUAUCCAUCUCAACCGUCGCCUAAUGUGUUGGAACAAAAUCCUGUGGCUCAGGGAAUUUUAAAUUUGAUGGCAAGAGCUGAUUCUUCAGGAGUGUUUGGGCCAUGGAUGUUGGCUAAGAAACCCCAGCGCAGAUUUAAUCAAAGCAACGGUAAUGUUGGGACCUCAAUCCAGACAGGUAACCCAAUUGGGUCAGGUUCACGUUUUCAAUCUUUGGAAUAUGUAGAACAAGAGGAGUCCAAUAUGAAAGCACAUGUUCAUAAAGAAGGUUUUCUAUCAAAUAAGCACUCAGUACAAGCGGGAAAGACUAAGAAGCUAGAGCUGCCCAAACACACCUCCUCCUCUAAGAGCAGGCUAGCUGGGCCGAAAGGUACUUCUAAAACCCAAGAAGGGAGGAGUUCUCGUGAAAAGGAGGGUGGAGCAAAGAGUACUGAGGAAUCAUUGGUAAAAGGAAAAGAGGUAGUGGAGGGGAUCUCUAAAGUUAACUUGGAGCGAAAAAAUACAGAGUACUAG